CUAGAUAAAAUUAAUCUAUUAAUUCGUAGAUAUAUGACAAAUUCAAAUCUGCAUUUUAAAAUUCAGCCUGUUGAAACCUGGCACAUUGUUUAGAAAUGGCUGCCGGCGAAAGAGUUCCAAGCCCAACAGACAAAGCUCUUACCAUCGUUGAAGAGUUGUACAAUUUUCGAGACCAUUACAUUGAAAGUCAUGGGAUGGAAAAUGCUGGGAAUAAAGAGACAGAUGUUCAAAAUAAAAUGAAUGAAAGUUUGGCACAAUUAGAGGAAGUCAAAGGAGACAUAAAAAACAAAGCACAGUAUCAUUUACUCCGAGGGAAGAUCUUAAAUAUCACAUCCAAAUAUAAUCAGGAAGCUGAGGAGUCGUUGAGCAAAGCUGUGAAAUUAGAUCCUAGACUCGUUGAAGCUUGGAAUCACUUGGGGGAGUGCUACUGGAAGAAAGAAGAUAUUUCUGCUGCCAAAAAUUGUUUUACUGGUGCUUUAAACCAUUUAAAGAAUAAAGUCUCAUUAAGGAAUCUUUCAAUGGUGCUAAGACAAUUGAGUGGUUCGCCAAGAGAAAAAAUCAAAUUAAUUGAAGAAAGCGUAGAGAGAGCCAAGGAGGCUGUGCAUCUUGAUAUUACUGAUGGGACUUCUUGGCUAAUUUUAGGCAAUGCUUACUUGUGCCAGUUCUUUACUGCUGGUCAGAAUCCCAAAGUCUUGAAACAAUGUAUGCAAGCUUAUUUACAAGCAGAAAAAGAUAGUGUGACAAGAGGCAACCCAGACCUACACUUUAACAGAGCUGUGGCAUAUCAAUAUCAAGAAGAAUUUCAAAAAGCUCUUGAUGGAUAUUGGACAGCGUCACAAUUAGAUCCCAGUUGGUCAGAGGCCACGACUAAGGAAACAGAGCUUGUACAUUACUUGAGUGAUUGUCAGACGUUAACAGAAUCUAAGGGUAAAAUUAAAGCCAAAAAACUGGACACCUUUAUAAAACAGCUGGUUGACCGAGACUUGCCUCAAUACAAAACCGUCCAGUCUACAAACCUAACUGGUCAACAUGUCAGUCUGAGUCAUUGUAAACUUUUAGAACUGCAGCCCAAAGUCAACGAAGGAAAAAUCAUUGUAGGGAAAGUGGUGUGUACUGUGAACUCGAGUAACCCUGUGCCAUUCACUUGCUGCAUUGUUGAUGAAGACCAAACCUGUAUGUGUGUGACUAUUUAUAAUUUGUCGCUGGGAGCGGGAAUGAAGAUUGGAGACCUGCUAGCUAUACCUGAGCCAGUGUUUAACCAAAUCAAAAUCUCACAUAAAGGGAAGGAAAUCAGUUUUUCUGGCAUUCGAGUUGAUGCUCCAAGGUUACUUGUAGUCAAUGGACGAAAACUUGGGAUCAACAAAGAAGCACUUCCUGUGUUAUCAGUGAGCAAUGUAUCUGAAUGAACUGCGGAGUAAGAGACACAUCAUCCAGUCCAAUGUCUCAUCUUAUGAAUAACAUUUCUACAUAAAGUGUACAUUAACUUGUAAAUAAACUCAACUUCACAUAACAAACGAACAUUAAAACUGGGUUAUUGUCCUUUGUAAAAAAAAAAUUUUAAUGUAAAUGUUUCUCCAUCUGAUGUAGAGCUCGAGAUGAUUAGAAGCAUUGAAAUUGGAUAACCAAAAGAUUUAUUUGCACUUAAAAAGGUUUGCACAGACACAUACAUUUCUUUUUAACAAGAUAUAAAUAUAAAAUAUAUAAACAUGGUUCACAGCAUAUGUUAAACAUAAAUAUAAAUGUUUCACAAGAGCAGACAUCACAACAAGGGAAAACUGGACAAAAAAAAUAAUUUAGAAGAAAAAGUGUGAUGUUCCAUUUGAUAUACUUUUUAAGUAGGUUAAGUUUGUAUUUAGUUAUUUUCAAGAUAAAGAUUGAGCCCACAAACAAAUGACCUACUU